GAUAGUUCCACACCCAAAUCCAUCCCGUUAUUCGUGGCCCCUAAGAAAAUAAUACCCCGUCGUCAUCAUAUAAACGAAUUUCUUUUCGGAAUUCCCUUCGCGGUUCUCAGAUUCAGAGUUCCACCACGCUGCUGAGCCUCUGCAAAUCUCCAUCUCUGUCGAUCUCGUCGCCCUGAGGAAAAAAUGAGUACCGGACCUGGUCUCUUCUCCGGUAUUGGCAGGAAGGCCAAAGAUCUGCUAACGAAGGAUUUCAUCUCGGAUCAGAAGAUAUCUGUGUCGACCUACAGUGAGAGCGGAGUGGCCCUAACAUCCACUGCUGUAAAGAAAGGAGCUCUCUCGACUGGAGAUGUGGCAGCACAAUACAAAUAUAACAACACUACAUUUGAUGUCAAAGUUGAUACAGAAUCAAAUAUCUUAACGACUCUGACAAUCACCAACAUUGUCCCUUCAACAAAGGCCAUUGCUUCUAUAAAAUUUCCUGAUUAUAAUUCUGGCAAGCUGGAGUUAGAGUAUUUCCACCACCAUGCGACCCUCACAGCAGCUGUUUCUGCACCAAAUCAGUCCCCCAAUGUCGAUCUUUCCGUGACACUUGGCACCCCAACAUUUGCUGUUGGUGCCGAAACGAGCUAUGAAACUGCUUCUGGCAAACUAACCAAGUACAAUGCUGGUAUCUGUGUAACAAGACCUGAUUCUUGUGCUGCAAUAAUCUUGGGAGACAAGGGGGAUACGAUAAAGGCAUCUUAUACUCACCACCUGGACGAGUCAAAGAGGACUGCUGCGGUAGGAGAGAUCAUCAGAAGAUUUUCCACCAAUGAGAACACAUUCACAGUUGGGGGGUCAUGUGCCAUUGAUGAGCUGACUAAUGUGAAGGUGAAGCUUAACAAUCAUGGAAAACUAGGUGCUCUCUUGCAGCACGAAGUGAUACCGAAAUCGAUUUUGAGCAUCUCAAGUGAGUUCGACACCAAGGCCUUGGAGAAGACUCCCAGGUUUGGCGUUGCCCUCGCUCUCAAGCCGUGAUGAUAUUCUUUUGACAGCCUUAUCAAUCAUUGAUUGGCCAUUUUUUUUCAUCUUUGACAACAUUGAAGAAGAGCAGAAUAAGGCCUGCAAAUACUUUGCAACAGACUUUUGGGAUGUGCAUUCCAUUGUCUUUCUGAUACUCUAUUUGCAUUUUAAUGUUUCCCCCCUCUUUUAGAGAACAAUAUUUGAUAACAAUCUAUUCAUUGAUACGUUCUCUUAGCAUCCCUUUUCGUGAAGCACAUGAGCUUUGAAGGCAAUUCAGUAGCCGAUAAGCAUUGGUUAUGAAGAGUUUGCGUGCCCUUAUUUAUUUUAUUACUCCCAAUAUUCCAAAUUAAGUUGUCUGUUUACU